UUCAAGGAAGAAGAAGAAACAGCAAGCCGGAACGCAGAGAAUUUUUUAGACGAGUUUGUCAACGUUUGCUAAGAUUUCCUCGAAUUUGUGCAGUAAAUAAUAGCAAACAGACAUGGCAGAUAAGGCGCAGGAACAAAGUAUUAUGGACAAGUCCAUGCGGUCGGUUUUUGUGGGGAACAUUCCAUACGAGGCCACCGAGGAGAAGCUGAAGGAGAUUUUCAGCGAAGUGGGCCCGGUCUUGUCACUGAAACUGGUCUUCGAUCGGGAAAGUGGCAAACCCAAGGGCUUUGGCUUCUGCGAGUACAAGGACCAGGAGACGGCUCUGAGUGCCAUGCGGAAUCUGAAUGGCUACGAGAUCGGCGGCAGAACACUGCGUGUGGAUAACGCCUGUACGGAGAAGUCGCGCAUGGAGAUGCAGCAGCUGCUUCAGGGACCCCAGGUGGAGAAUCCCUAUGGCGAGCCCUGCGAACCAGAGGAUGCUCCCGAGCUCAUUACCAAAACUGUGGCUUCCUUGCCACCCGAGCAAAUGUACGAGCUGAUGAAGCAGAUGAAGCUCUGCAUCGUUAGCAAUCCAUCGGAGGCACGCCAGAUGCUCAUGCUCAAUCCUCAGUUGGCGUACGCUUUGCUGCAGGCCAUGGUGGUCAUGAGGAUCGUGGACCCGCAGCAGGCGCUCGGCAUGCUCUUCAAGGCCAACCAAAUGCCCCCCGUUUUGGGCGGCAAUCCGCACCAGGGGCCGGGGAACCACUCGAUGAUGGGACAGCAACAGGUUCCGCAGCAGCAGGUACAGAUCCCGCAGCAACAGCAACAGGCUCCCCAGCCACCAAUGCCCGUUCCCGGACCUGGCUUCCCAACCAAUGUCCAUCCGAACGAUAUCGAUUUGCGCAUGGUACCCGGUGGACCCAUGCCGAUGGAUCCCAGGAUGAUGGGCCGUGGCAUGGACCAGGAUUUGCGCGCUUCUUUACCCAAUCCAGUGCCUCCGCCAUUGAUGGAUCCCCGAGCUCGUGCCCAGAUGCCUCCACAGCAGCAGCAGGUCGUUCCGCAGGCGCCACCGGCCCCCUAUCCCAGCGAUCCGCGCCAGCGCCCCAUGGAUCCCAGGUUAAGGGCAGGACCUGGUCCUCAGCAGCAGGUACCGCCACAAGGCAUCCCCCAAGCGCCGCCACCGACACAACAACAGCAGGCGGCCGCACAGCAGUUGCAGAGCAGACUUGGCGCCCAUGGAGUCCUGCCCUCGGAUGCCUCCGACCAGGAGAAGGCUGCCCUCAUCAUGCAGGUGCUACAGCUGUCCGAAGAGCAGAUUGCGCAGCUGCCCUCCGAGCAACGGACCAGUAUCCUCAUGCUCAAGGAGCAGAUUGCGAAGAGUACUCAGCGCUGAAUCUACUCCGGCUAAAACAAUUGGAAAAUCACCACUUCGAUCAUGCAUACUAUAGUACUUUCAACAUGAAUCAAUUAAUAAAACGAACAUUUCAACACAA